ACUAAAUUCAACUCAUUGUGCUCUCACUACUAAAACUAGCUAUAGAGAGAAGAAUGGCUUCAGCUUCUAAUGGCAUUGAGGACAAAGUGGCAGAGGAUGUAAUUAUUGGUAGAUAUAUUGAAAUGGAGAGAGACGAUGAAGAGAAGACAGUGAAAUCUAAGCUCUCUAGCUUCCUUUGGCAUGGAGGCUCAACUUAUGAUGCUUGGUUCAGUUGCGCUUCAAACCAGGUAGCUCAAGUUCUGCUGACUCUUCCAUAUUCAUUCUCACAACUUGGAAUGGUGAGCGGAAUACUACUACAAGUAUUUUAUGGGCUUUUAGGGAGCUGGACUGCUUACUUGAUUAGUGUCUUAUAUGUUGAGUAUAGAGCUAGAAAGGAAAGAGAAAAGGUUGAUUUCAGGAAUCAUGUAAUCCAGUGGUUUGAAGUGCUUGAUGGAUUACUUGGUAAACACUGGAGGAAUGUAGGCCUGGCCUUUAACUGCACUUUUCUCCUGUUUGGAUCUGUGAUUCAGCUAAUUGCAUGUGCUAGUAAUAUAUAUUAUAUAAAUGACAACUUAGACAAGAGAACGUGGACCUAUAUCUUUGGUGCAUGCUGUGCUACUACAGUUUUCAUCCCUUCAUUCCACAACUACAGAGUUUGGUCUUUUCUUGGCCUUGUUAUGACUACAUACACUGCUUGGUAUCUAACCGUUGCUUCUCUAAUCAACGGUCAGAUUGAAGGAGUUAAGCAUUCGGGGCCAGCGAAGCUGGUGCUAUACUUUACUGGGGCUACAAACAUUCUUUACACAUUCGGUGGCCACGCUGUUACUGUUGAAAUCAUGCACGCAAUGUGGAAACCUCAAAAAUUCAAGGCAAUCUACCUCCUGGCAACCGCCUACGUGAUGACACUCACCCUCCCCUCAGCGGCCAGCGUCUACUGGGCCUUCGGCGACGAGCUCCUCAACCACUCCAACGCCUUCGCUCUCCUUCCCAAAACUCCGUUUCGCGACGCAGCAGUCAUCCUCAUGCUAAUCCACCAAUUCAUCACCUUCGGAUUUGCUUGCACUCCGUUAUAUUUCGUUUGGGAGAAGCUCGUUGGACUUCACGAUUGUCCGAGUUUAUGUAAGAGAGCGGCGGCGAGGUUGCCCGUUGUGGUUCCGAUUUGGUUCUUGGCGAUUAUUUUCCCGUUCUUUGGGCCGAUCAAUUCUGCAGUGGGGGCGUUGCUCGUGAGCUUUACUGUUUAUAUUAUUCCCGCGCUGGCUCAUAUGAUUACUUUCAGGGGGGCUGCUGCAAGAGAGAACGCGGUAGAACCUCCACCAAAAAUCCUAGGCCGAUGGAUUGGAGCCUACACCAUCAACAUAUUCAUCGUGGUUUGGGUCUUGGUGGUUGGAUUUGGGUUCGGUGGAUGGGCUAGCAUGACCAACUUCGUGCAUCAAAUAGAUACCUUCGGUCUCUUCACCAAGUGCUAUCAAUGCCCACUGCCUCCUUCUCCGCCUCCCCUCCCCCUGCCUGCCAAUUCAACUUCACCCGCGACUCCUCCGGUUUAUAACACCGCUAAUAAUUUCACGGUGUUUUCUCCUUCUCCGUCUCCCUCGCCUUCGUAUUUUGGGCAUCGUCAUCGCCAUCACCGCCACCACAACUAGAAUCUUUGGAAUUUGAUGCCGUUGAGCGAUGGAGUGUAGUUUCGGUUAGCAAUGUCCAAUUUAUGCCAUGCAUGCAGCGUUUCUACUAGUGGUAGUGGUUGGUACGUAGUUAGUAGAGGCAAAGAUGUCGGUUUGGUACAUGGAGAGAGGAGUUGGUAUCAAUGUUCGUAUUCUGUAAUUUUGGUUCAAGUUCAGAAUGUAUAAGUUUUAUGGGAUUAUUAAUUAAACAGUUGGUUUUCUUUUAUCUUUC